GAACAUGAUCAAACCGAUCACCCGGCUUGAUUGCAAGGCAUGCAAUCUCUGUCACAUACCAGCUAGCAUAUCAACCGCACAGAUCCACAGAGAUCAGAAGUUUGUAUUUAGCCACACGAAUAGCAGUCAUAUUGUAUUUAAUGUUCGCCGCUACAGCGUAACUGCACUGUUGUCUAUAGAAAUAUAGAUCUACCACAUCGGAGUGACCAGGAUGGAGUGGCAGCCAGAUGAACAGGGUCUGCAGCAAGUGCUUCAGCUGCUCAAGGACUCCCAGUCCCCAGACACAGCAACGCAAAGAGCUGUGCAAGAAAAACUGGAGCAGUUAAAUCAGUUUCCAGAUUUCAACAACUAUCUCAUCUUUGUCCUCACAAGCCUCAAAUCCGAGGACGAGCCCACUCGCUCUCUGAGCGGUCUGAUACUGAAGAACAAUGUUAAGGCUCACUACCAGAACUUCCCUCCCAACGUGGCUGACUUCAUCAAACGAGAAUGCCUCAACAACAUCGGAGACCCUUCACCGCUCAUCAGAGCUACGAUCGGCAUCCUGAUCACGACCAUAGCCUCUAAAGGGGAGCUGCAGACCUGGCCGGAACUCUUGCCUCAGCUCUGUAAUCUGCUCAACUCAGAGGACUAUAACACCUGCGAGGGUUCUUUCGGAGCGUUGCAGAAGAUCUGUGAGGACUCCUCAGAGUUGCUGGAUAGUGAUGCUCUGAACAGACCCCUCAACAUCAUGAUCCCAAAAUUCCUACAGUUUUUCAAACACUGCAGCCCCAAGAUCAGGUCCCAUGCUAUAGCGUGUGUGAACCAGUUCAUCAUUGGUCGAGCUCAGGCUCUGAUGGAUAACAUUGACACCUUCAUUGAGAGUCUUUUUGCACUGGCGGGUGAUGAGGACAGUGAAGUGCGCAAGAACGUCUGCAGGGCUUUGGUCAUGCUGCUGGAAGUCCGCAUCGACCGCCUCAUCCCACACAUGCACAGUAUCAUCCAGUACAUGCUGCAGCGGACCCAGGACCCAGAUGAGAACGUGGCUCUGGAGGCCUGCGAGUUCUGGCUGACUUUGGCUGAACAGCCCAUCUGCAAAGAGGCCCUGUCUGGCCACUUGGUCCAACUGAUCCCUAUCCUGGUGAAUGGGAUGAAAUACUCUGAGAUUGACAUUAUUCUUCUAAAGGGCGAUGUUGAAGAGGAUGAGGCAGUUCCAGACAGCGAGCAAGACAUCAAGCCUCGCUUCCACAAGUCCCGCACCGUCACCCUGCAGCAUGAAGGAGGGGAGGGCGAGGAGGGGGAGGACAUUGAUGAAGACGAGGACGACGACGACGAUACGCUGUCUGACUGGAACCUACGAAAGUGUUCGGCCGCGGCUCUGGACGUUCUUGCCAAUGUGUUUCGUGAGGAGCUGCUGCCCCAUCUCCUGCCCCUGCUCAAAGGACUGCUUUUCCACCCUGACUGGGUCAUCAAGGAGUCUGGAAUCCUAGUGCUGGGAGCCAUCGCUGAGGGCUGUAUGCAAGGCAUGGUACCGUACUUGCCUGAGCUCAUCCCCCACCUCAUCCAGUGUUUGUGCGACAAAAAGGCCCUGGUGCGCUCUAUCGCCUGCUGGACACUCAGCCGUUACGCCCACUGGGUGGUCAGCCAGCCUCCUGACGCUCACCUCAAACCCCUCAUGACUGAGUUGCUCAAACGCAUUCUGGACGGCAAUAAGAGGGUACAGGAAGCAGCGUGCAGUGCGUUUGCCACCCUGGAGGAGGAGGCGUGUACAGAGCUGGUGCCUUACCUGAGCUUCAUCCUGGACACGCUGGUUUUUGCUUUUGGGAAGUACCAACACAAGAACUUGCUCAUCCUCUACGAUGCUAUAGGAACACUGGCAGACUCUGUGGGGCACCAUCUCAACCAGCCUGAGUACAUACAGAAGCUGAUGCCUCCGCUGAUAGCCAAGUGGAAUGAGCUGAAGGACGAAGACAAAGAUCUCUUCCCUCUGCUUGAGUGUCUGUCGUCUGUUGCCACGGCGCUGCAGAGUGGCUUCCUCCCCUAUUGCGAGCCUGUCUAUCAGCGCUGUGUCACCCUGGUUCAGAAGACACUGGCUCAGGCCAUGAUGUACAGUCAGCAGCCAGACCAGUAUGAAGCACCCGACAAGGACUUCAUGAUCGUGGCUCUGGAUCUUUUAAGCGGCUUAGCUGAGGGACUGGGGGGCCACGUGGACACACUUGUGGCCCGCAGUAACAUCAUGACGCUGCUUUUCCAGUGCAUGCAGGAUACGAUGCCUGAAGUAAGACAGAGUUCGUUUGCUCUACUGGGCGACUUGACCAAGGCUUGCUUCCCUCAUGUCAAACCGUGUAUUGCUGAAUUCAUGCCAAUCCUCGGGACAAAUCUGAACCCUGAGUUCAUCUCUGUCUGCAACAAUGCUACCUGGGCCAUAGGAGAGAUCUGUAUGCAGAUGGGAGUGGAGAUGCAGCCGUACAUCGCCAUGGUUCUGAACCAGCUGGUUGAGAUUAUUAAUCGACCCAACACCCCCAAGACCCUGCUGGAGAACACUGCAAUCACCAUUGGUCGGCUGGGUUAUGUGUGUCCUCAGGAGGUCGCGCCCAUGCUGCCACAGUUCAUUCGACCCUGGUGUACGUCUCUGCGAAACAUCCGAGACAACGAGGAGAAAGACUCUGCCUUCCGUGGGAUUUGCAUGAUGAUCGGCGUGAACCCAGGAGGUGUGGUGCAGGACUUCAUCUUCUUCUGUGACGCAGUGGCCUCCUGGGUGAAUCCUAAAGACGAUUUGAGAGACAUGUUCUACAAGAUCCUGCACGGUUUUAAGGAGCAGGUUGGGGAGGAGAACUGGCAGCAGUUUUCAGAGCAGUUUCCCCCACUGCUGAAGGAGAGACUGGCAGCCUGCUACGGCGUUUAGAUUCUCUACACCCACCCAACAGGUGAGCCAGCAGGAGGAGGGUGAAUGGGAAACUCAUCCAUCUGUGUAUUGCACUGCCCUGAUCUGGGGGGAGGGAGAGGGACGCUAUUGGCCGCUCCCCCUGACGGACGGCCCCCACGCCCUAUGUGUUUGUCCAUAGAGGGAGGGUGGGCGGGUGGGAGGGUGGGACAGAGGGACACCUCUAGAUUAACUAGGCAGGGACCCGACACAGAAAAACUAACUGGUAGGGACAGAUAGAGAGGGACAGAGAGAAGGACAUGGAGGAGAGACAGAGGGGAUAGACAAGUUGGGACGGAGGGAGACCAGCAAGAGAGAAAGUUCAGGGAAAGAGAGGGAGGGAUAUCAGUAACAAAGCAGGGAAAAGAGCCACAGAAAGGUCUGUUACUGGGAGGACAGGGACAGUAGAGAUUUUUAACGGGAUUCUUAAACUCAUGAUAGCUUGACCGACAGAGACAGACCAACACAGACUCACACACAUACACUUGCACACGCUGCACACGCAGUACAUGGAACUGUAGGGCGGCACUAUUAUUUAGACUUUUUUGAGACCUACUACAUGUAGUUAGGGACAGACAGACAGGGGUCUAAACUCUGUUCAUUUUCUGGGUGAUACUCUUUCUUUUCCGGGGGAAUAGGAUUCAAUACGAAUUACUUCAUCUGUAGUCACUGAAUUCUACUUAGCUGUAAGAUAAUCUCGCUAUCCGCAUCUGUGUUUCCUAUCCUUUUUCUUUCAUUUCGAACCAGAGUGCUGCUUCACAGAGCUAUCCAUCUAUCAGACAUAUUCCUGUCACAUUUUCUACCUGAUCAAAACAGAGAGAGAAAUAAGAGCAAGUGUCUUUCCUCGUGGCUUCACAGAAACCAUUCCUCUAGGAGGGGAGGAUUAGGGCUAACACAUUUGUUUUCUCACCAGAGGGGAGAAAAUCGUAGAAAGAAAAAAAAAUCACAUCCUUAGUUGUCCUCUUUGAGGUUUUGUGUGUGUGUGUGUGUGUGUGUGUGUGUGUGUAUGUAAAUGUGUGCGAGUGUGUGCAUGUGCAGUUUAUAAAUCCUCACUUUGGCAUUCUGUGUUAACAGUGUGUGAAAUAUGUAUUGUUUUUGAUAUGGUACCGAGCUAAAACUUGACUCCCACCGCAAUGUCCUUGGCACCUGUUAACUGUGACCAAGUGUUUGUGUUUGUGUUUGUGUGUGUGUAUGUGUGUGUUGCGAAAGAGUGAGUGUGUGUAUAUGUUUAUGUCUACAUUCGUACUGAUAUCCAUUUGAUGCCAUAUUGAUAUCUUAAGUAAAACAGUGAUUGGCAAUGUCAUUGUGAUCUUUAUAAUGUUUUAAAAAUGGUCCAUAUUCUUUUCUUUUCUUUUUUUUUUUUUUUGUUUUGCUGCUACUGAUAAUUUUUGUUUCUAUAGUGGACUUAAAUUCGCACAAUAACGCAAAAAUAUUUGAAUUAAUGCUAUUUUCAGUGACUGUUGUUUUUGCACUUUUUAUUUUAUUUUACCUUUUUUCUUUUUUUUGUAUGGACUUUUUUUUUUUUUAACCUCACCCAUAUGAUAUGUCUUGACCCUAAUGUCAGUGUUUGUCAUACUGUGUUGCACUGUGAAAUUAAGUGUCUUUGACUGGCAAAAAUAUUCCAAUACUAAAUGGCAAAUAAAAACAACUUUGUGAAA